CAAAUCUCCAACGUUAACUGACCAUUAAGAAUAAUUAAAAUGAAUUCUGCAAUCGAAAUCAAGAAAAUUGCCGUUCAAAAAUCUGAGAGAAUUAAAUCGAUUGACUUGCAUCCAACCGAACCAUGGGUCUUGUUAGGUUUGCACUCUGGAAAUGUUUCUAUUUGGAACAAUAACUCUCAAGUAACAGAGAAGACUUUAGAAAUCGGCAAAUCACCUGUACGAACUGUAAAAUUUAUUGCGCACAAGGAAUGGAUUGUUGUUGGAUCUGAUGAUGGGUCGGUGGUUGUGCAUCCAUCUCUUCCAUGCAUACUUUCUGCAUCUGACGAUAAGCUCAUAAAGCUAUGGGAUUGGGAGAAAGGUUGGGAAUGCACUAAGACAUUUGAGGGGCAUGGACAUUAUGUCAUGCAAGUAGCAUUUACCCCGAAGGAUUCCAAUAUGUUCGCAAGUGCAUCACUCGAUUGUACCAUUAAGAUGUGGAAUCUUGAAUCAUCAAGUCCGCAUUUGUCAAUGGAAGGUCAUUCGAAAGGUUUGAACUCUGUGGAAUUUUUUGAAACUGAUGAAAAACUCUACUUUAUUACUGGGUCUGAUGAUUAUACUGCAAAGGUUUGGGACUAUGAAACCAAGACUUGUAUUCAAACUCUUGAAGGACACACAAACAAUGUUACAUCUACAAUAUGUGUGAAAUCGGACGUUAAUUUUAUCAUCACCGGUUCUGAAGACAAAAGUGUACAUGCUUGGAAUGCGAUAACUUACAAGUUAGAUCAUGUGUUUACUUCUGAACUCGGGAGAGUUUGGACCAUUGGAUUCAUAAAAGACUCAUCUCAGAUUAUACUUGGUUGCGAUGAAGGAGUGCUCGUUGGUCAAGUCAUCACUGCUUGUUCUUGAGCAAAUCACAAUUCAUCUGAUAUACGGGUGGAAUAUAAUAUAUUAAUAAAAUGCACACCUUUGUUAUCUAAUAUUAUGUAUUUUAAUGUGUGAUGUAUGAUAUAUCUCAAUAUUGUAUCUGUAUGGUAUGAUGUAUGAAACUUGAAAAUAAAAUGUUCUAUCAUUGGUUAAGGCUUUAAUAUGAUCUUCG